UUUAGUCCUCAGACACGUUGCAAGUCAUCGUCGUAUCUAAAAACAACAAUAUAACAUUGAACGAGCCGUCAGUAUUCGCUCCAGUCUACUGAAGAUCGUACGUUGGUGUUGCCGGUAUUCCAAUUAAACUCUUUAAAUUAAUUUUGUAUAUUCCGAAUAUACCAUGGGUAAAAUUAAGGCUGGACCAGUUGUCGAUAUCCUUGGCGAUGAGAUGACCAGAAUCAUCUGGGAUUCCAUCAAGGAGAAGCUCAUCCUGCCGUUCCUCGACAUAGAUCUGCACGUCUACGAUUUGGGCAUGGAAAACCGCGACAAGACCGACGACAAAGUGACCGUCGAUUGCGCUGAGGCCAUCAAGAAGUACAACGUUGGCAUAAAGUGCGCCACAAUUACCCCAGACGAAAAACGCGUCGAGGAAUUUAAGUUGAAGUUCAUGUGGAAGUCGCCGAACGGCACGAUCAGAAACAUCUUGGGCGGAACAGUCUUCAGAGAAGCGAUCAUCUGCAAGAACAUCCCCAGAUUGGUGACUGGCUGGAACAAACCAAUCAUAAUUGGUCGUCACGCUCACGCCGAUCAAUACAAGGCCACCGAUUUCGUGGUCCCAGAGGCCGGAAAGCUGGAGAUGAUCUUCACACCUAAAUCUGGAUCUGAGCCAGUCAAGUACACGGUGCACGAAUACAAGGGAGCUGGUGUAGCCAUGGGAAUGUUCAACACCGACGAAUCCAUCGUCGACUUUGCUCACGCUUCGUUCAAAUACGCUCUAGGCAGAGAGUACCCAUUGUACCUCAGUACCAAAAACACCAUCCUGAAGAAGUACGAUGGAAGAUUCAAGGACAUCUUCCAGGACAUCUACGAUAAAGAGUACAAGUCCAAGUUCGAAGCCAAGAACAUCUGGUACGAGCAUCGCCUGAUCGAUGAUAUGGUCGCAUACGCCAUGAAAUCCGAAGGUGGAUUCGUUUGGGCUUGCAAGAACUACGAUGGUGAUGUGCAGUCCGAUUCCGUUGCUCAGGGCUACGGUUCCCUUGGACUGAUGACAUCCGUCCUCAUCUCUCCUGACGGAAAGACCGUUGAAGCUGAAGCCGCUCACGGCACCGUCACCAGACAUUACAGGCAAUACCAGAAGGGUCAAGAGACCUCCACCAAUCCCAUUGCCUCCAUCUUCGCGUGGACCAGAGGAUUGUUGCAUCGUGCCAAGUUGGACAACAACGCCGAAUUAACCAAAUUCGCCAAUACCCUUGAAGAGGUUUGCAUCGAUACUAUCGAGUCUGGCUUCAUGACCAAGGACUUGGCCAUCUGCAUCAAGGGCAUGAACAGCGUGAAGCGUUCCGACUAUUUGGAAACUUUCGAAUUUAUGGACAAGAUCGCUGAAAACUUGAAGAAGAAGCUCAGCGUCUGACUAGUCCAUAAGCUAUAAACAUUUUUAUUUU